UCUCCCCAGCGGGGAGGCUGUGGGCAGGGGGAGAGGGCGGCAGCCCCUCCCGCCCCCGGCCUCCCGCCAGCCGGCGCGGCGCCGUACCGAGGCAGGCCGCUGGGAGGCCGGCGCGGCGGGCGGACGGGGAGCUCUUAUUUUGACAGGGGCCGCGGCUCUGGAAUGAAGGCAGGAGCCGCCGGCGCGCCCGGCGCGGAGCGCAUUGGGGCCGGAGCGGAGCCAGCGCGGCGGGCCAGGCCCCGGCAGCGCAGCGGAGCCCGGGCAGGCGGCGCGCGCGGAGCCAGAGGCCGGACAUGCCCCGGGCGCGGGGCCGCUGCACCCCCGCCGCCGCCCGCCGCCCGCCGGCCCGCCGCCCGCGCGCCCGGGGGCCCCCGCGCCGCGCCGCCCGGGGGCUGCGCCCCGGACCCUCGGCGCGCGGCCAACAAUAAGCGCCCAGACAGCUCCCCGCCCGCGCCGCCCCGCCGCCGCGGGGAAAGCGAAAGGAGGAAGCGAAGCGAGGAAGGAAGGAAGGAAGGACGGAAAGAAGGAAGGAGGAAGAAAGGAAGGAAGGAAGGAAGGAAAAAAGGAGGGGAGGAAGGAAGGAGGAGGAAGAGGAGGAGAAGCAGGAGCCGGAGCUGAGCCCUGAGCUUCGGGCAGAGACCCCAGCCCCGGGACCGGGACCGGGACUGAGGGCACGCUCCCCGCCGCCCACGACCAUGCCCCGCGCCCGGGAGGCUGGGACCUAGGCGCCCGGCGGCCCGGACACGCUGGCCCCGGCCGGGCCGGUGUGGAGACCCAGGUGCCCGGGAUCAAAGGACCGCCUCCUGCGCCCCCCGCGCCUCCGCCUGGCGAGCAGGACCCCGACCCACCCCCCGACCCGGACCUGGUCAUGGCGUCCAGCUCCGGCCUGGCGUGAGGAUCCCGACCGAGAGUCCCUGCUCCAGUACCGAGUGCCAGCUGGGCCCUGGGCACGCAGGGGGCGCAGCCCCACUGUGUGCGGGAGCCAUGAGGAUCCUGGCUAACAAGACAAGGUUGCCCCACCCCAGGAGGAGAGAAGCUCCGGGGAGCCCGCCACUGUCGCCCCGCGGCCACUGCCCCCCUGCCCCGUCCAAACCAAUGCACCCAGAAAAUAAGCUGACCAAUCACGGCAAGACAGGGAACGGUGGGGCCCAAUCCCAGCACCAGAAUGUGAACCAAGGGCCCACCUGCAGCCUGGGCUCCAAGGGCGUGGGGGCGGGGAGCCACGGGGCCAAGGCCAGCCAGAUCUCACCCAGCAACUCCAGCCUGAAGAGCGGCCAGGCCGGGGCGCCCCCUUUCAGCUCCCUCAAGGGCAAAGUGAAGCGGGAGCGGAGCGUGUCUGCGGACUCCGGAGAGCAGCGGGAGGCGGGGACGCCCUCUCUGGACCCCGAGGCCAAAGAGGCGGCGCCCCGGAGCAAGCGGCGCUGUGUGCUGGAGCGGAAGCAGCCGUACAGCGGAGACGAAUGGUGCUCGGGGCCAGACAGCGAGGAGGACGACAAGCCCAUCGGGGCCACCCACAAUUGUAAUGUAGGAGACCCUGCCAUGGCGGCCCCGCAGCUGGGUCCUGGCCAGGCCCCCCAGCUCCCCCUCAGUGAGGGCAGUGCCCCAGGGCCCCCGCAUGGGCCCUCUGCAGCCCUGCGGCCAGAUGCCCCUGGGGGCGGUGGUGUCCCCGGAAAGCCUCCCUCACAGUUUGUGUAUGUCUUCACCACCCACCUGGCCAACACGGCUGCGGAGGCUGUGCUGCAGGGCCGGGCCGACUCCAUCCUGGCCUACCACCAGCAGAACGUGCCGCGGGCCAAGCUGGACCAGGCCCCCAAGGUGCUCUCCACCCCGGAGCCGCUCCCCCUGAGCACACCGUCUGCAGGCACCCCCCAGCCCCAGCCCCCUCCACUGCCACCGCCGCCCCCCGCCCCUGGCAGUGCCCCCCCUGCUCUGCCUCCUGAGGGGCCCCCUGAGGACACCAGUCAGGACCUGACACCCAGCUCCGUGGGAGCUGCCAGCACAGGCGGGGGCACUGGGGGGACCCACCCGAACACCCCUACAGCUGCUACCAACAACAACCCCCUGCCUCCGGGAGACCCCGGCGGCGCCCCCGGCCCUGCCCUCCUGGGGGAGGCCGCGCCCCCGGGAAGCGGGCAGCGCAGCCUGCUGGGCUCGGAGGGGCUGUCCAAGGAGCAGCUGGAGCACCGGGAGCGCUCGCUGCAGACGCUGCGGGACAUCGAGCGGCUGCUGCUCCGCAGCGGGGAGACCGAGCCUUUCCUCAAGGGGCCCCCAGGAGGCGCCGGCGAGGGCGGGCCCCCAGCACCGGCCCCUCCCGCCGCCCCGCAGCCUGCCGCGGCCCCUCCAGGCGGGCUGAAGAAGUACGAGGAGCCCUUGCAGUCCAUGAUUUCGCAGACACAGAGCCUCGGGGGCCCCCCGCUGGAGCACGAGGUGCCGGGGCAGCCCCCGGGCGGGGACAUGGGGCAGCAGAUGAACAUGAUGAUGCAGAGGCUGGGCCAGGACAGCCUGACGCCCGAGCAGGUGGCCUGGCGCAAGCUGCAGGAGGAGUACUAUGAGGAGAAGCGGCGGAAGGAGGAGCAGAUCGGGCUCCACGGGGGCCGCCCGCUGCAGGACAUGAUGGGCAUGGGCGCCGUGAUGGUGCGGGGGCCGCCGCCGCCCUACCACAGCAAGCCCGGGGACCAGUGGCCGCCCGGCCUGGGCGCCCAGCUGCGGGGCCCCAUGGACGUCCAGGACCCCAUCCAGCUCCGGGGCGGGCCUCCCUUCCCCGGGCCCCGCUUCCCAGGCAACCAGAUGCAGCGGGUGCCUGGUUUUGGGGGCAUGCAGGGCAUGCCCAUGGAGGUGCCUAUGAAUGCCAUGCAGAGGCCUGUGAGGCCGGGCAUGGGCUGGACCGAAGACUUGCCCCCCAUGGGGGGGCCGGGCAGCUUUGCUCAGAACCCCGUGCCCUACCCGGGCGGGCAGAGCGAAGCGGAGCGGUUCGUGGCCCCCCGGGUGCGCGAGGAGCUGCUGCGGCACCAGCUGCUGGAGAAGCGGUCCCUGGGCGUGCCGCGCCCCCUGGGCAUGGCCGGCGGCGUGGGGCAGGGCGUGGACAUGGAGCGGGUGAUGCAGGCGCACCGGCAGAUGGACCCGGCCAUGUUCCCUGGGCAGAUGGCGGGCGGCGAGAGCCUGACGGGCACGCCCAUGGGCAUGGACUUCGGCGGAGCCCGGGGCCUCCUGAGCCCCCCCAUGGGGCAGUCCGGGCUGAGGGAGGUGGACGCGCCCCUGGGGCCGGGCAACCUCAACAUGAACAUGAACGUGAACAUGAACAUGAACAUGAACCUGAACGUGCAGAUGACGCCACAGCAGCAGAUGCUGAUGGCGCAGAAGAUGCGGGGCCCCGGGGACAUGCUGGGGCCGCAGGGCCUCGGCCCCGACGACCUGGCCCGCGUGCGGGCGCAGAGCAGCGGCGGCCUGGCGGGCGGCCCGCAGAAGAUGCUGAUGCCCUCGCAGUUCCCCGGCCAGGGCCAGCAGGGCUUCUCCGGGGGCCAAGGGCCCUACCAGGCCCUGCCGCAGGACAUGGGCGGCGCCCAGGACAUGUUCAGUCCCGACCAGAACUCCGUGCCCAUGAGCAACGUGGGCACCACUCGGCUCAGCCACAUGCCUCUGCCCCCCGCGUCCAACCCUCCCCCGGGGCCUGUGCACGCAGCCCCCAGCCGGGGGCUGGGCCGGCGCCCUUCGGACCUCACCAUCAGUAUUAACCAGAUGGGCUCGCCGGGCAUGGGGCACCUGAAGUCGCCCACCCUUAGCCAGGUGCACUCCCCGCUGGUCACCUCGCCCACUGCCAACCUGAAGUCGCCCCAGACCCCCUCACAGAUGGUGCCCUUGCCCUCUGCCAACCCGCCGGGACCUCUCAAGUCGCCCCAGGUCCUGGGCUCCUCGCUCAGCGCCCGCUCGCCCACGGGCUCCCCCAGCAGGCUCAAGUCCCCCUCCAUGGCGGUGCCUUCUCCGGGCUGGGUGGCCUCGCCCAAGACAGCCAUGCCCAGCCCCGGGGUCCCCGCGAACAAGCAGCCGCCGCUCGGCAUGUCCUCCGCCUCCGCCCUGGGCGGCCUGGAGCAGGGCGCCCUCCCGCCCGGCGGCCCCCGGAGCAGCUCCUCCGCGCCGCCCGCCAACCCCGCCGGCGGCCUCCUGACCCCCAGCCUGCCCUUCACGUCCUCCCCGGACCCCGCGCCCUCCCAGAACCCCCUGUCGCUGAUGAUGUCCCAGAUGUCCAAGUACGCCAUGCCCAGCUCCACGCCGCUCUACCACAACGCCAUCAAGACCAUCGCCACCUCCGACGACGAGCUGCUGCCCGACCGGCCCCUGCUGCCCCCGCCGCCGGGCUCCGGGCCAGGGAUCGGCGCCAACCAGGCCAACCCGAUGCACCUGAGCACCGCGGCCGCCCAGAGCCCGCUGGGCGUGCCCCUGCCGGGCCAGCAGCCCCUGUCCCACGAGCCCCCGCCCGCCAUGCUCCCCUCGCCCACGCCUCUGGGCCCCAACAUUCCGCUGCACCCCGGUGCCCAGGGCGCGGGGGGCCCGCCCCAGAACGCCCUGAUGAUGGCUCCGGGGGGCCCCGACUGCGGCCCCGGGCCCGGCUCCUCCCCGAUGAUGCCCUUCCCCCCGCGGCUGCAGCAGCCCCACGGCGGGGGCGGGGGGCCGGGCCUGCAGCAGCACUACCCCCCGGGCAUGGCCCUGCCCCCCGAGGACCUGCCCGGCCAGCCCCCCGGCCCCAUGCCCUCCCAGCAGCACCUGAUGGGCAAAGGCAUGGCCGGGCGCAUGGGCGACGCGUACGCGGGCAUGCUCCCGGGGGUGGCGUCCGUGCUGAGCGACCCCGAGCUGAGUGAGGUGAUCCGGCCCACCCCGACGGGGAUCCCCGAGUUCGACCUGUCGCGGAUCAUCCCCUCGGAGAAGCCCAGCAGCACCCUCCAGUACUUCCCCAAGAGCGAGAACCAGCCCCCCAAGGCCCAGCCCCCCAACCUGCACCUCAUGAACCUGCAGAACAUGAUGGCGGAGCAGACCCCCUCGCGGGCGCCCAGCCUCCCGGGCCAGCAGGGCGUCCAGCGGGGGCUCAGCAUGCCCAUGUGCCACCCCGGACAGAUGUCCUUGCUGGGCAGGACAGGCGUGCCCCCGCAGCAGGGCGUGGUGCCCCACGGUCUGCACCAGGGGGUGCUGUCCCCGUCACAAGGCCUCGUGGCGCAGCAGAACUUCAUGCUGAUGAAGCAGCGGGGCGUGGGCGGCGAGGUGUACGGCCAGCCCCCCCACGUGCUCUCCGCGCAGGGCUCGCUCAUGGGCCCCCCGCCCCAGCAGAACCUCAUGGUGCACCCCCUGCGGCAGCGCAGCGUGUCUCUGGACAGCCAGGUGGGCUACCUCCCGGGCCCGGGGGGCGUGGCCAACCUGCCCUUCUAGCACUCCCUGCGCGGCCGAGGCAGCGUGUCACCUGGAGCGUGUCUUCCAGCCGUGGCGGGGCCGUGGCGGGGGCCGUGGCCGGGGCGGGGGCCGUGGCGGGGG